CAACACACAUCACACACUCACAGGUACUCAGGCUAAAUCAAUUGGUGUUAUUGUCUCUGGCUCUGUCUGGUCUCCUUCUUUCUCACAGAUCCUCUGUCAGAUCCUCUCAGGUCUCUCAGGUGUGACGGAACACGGAGCACUGAACGGAACACAGAAGGAGCUCCAGCAACAACAGAAUUACCACCAUGUCUGCAGGGUUGGAGUUAGUGGGGAUCGCUCUAUGUGUAUUAGGAUGGAUCAUUGCCAUCGUGUCCUGCACCCUGCCCAUGUGGCGAGUAACGGCCUUCAUCGGCAGCAACAUCGUCACGGCUCAGAUCAUCUGGGAGGGUCUGUGGAUGACCUGUGUGGUCCAGAGCACAGGCCAGAUGCAGUGUAAGGUCUAUGACUCCAUGCUGGCUCUCUCCCAGGACCUCCAGGCCGCCAGGGCUCUCACGGUCAUCUCCAUCCUCCUGGCCAUCCUGGCCGUGCUCGUCGCCAUCGCCGGGGCCAAGUGCACCAACUGUAUCGAGGACGAGGCAUCCAAAGCUAAAGUCAUGAUAAUCUCUGGGGUGUUCUUCAUCGUGUCAGGAGUCAUGCAGCUGAUCCCAGUGUCCUGGUCGGCCAACACUAUCAUCAGGGACUUUUACAACCCGCUGCUGACUGAUGCACAGCGCAGAGAGCUAGGGGCAGCGCUCUACAUUGGCUGGGGGGCCUCAGCUCUCAUGAUCCUCGGGGGAAGCCUCCUCUGCUACUCCUGUCCCCCUAGGAAGUACAAGCCCUCACAGAUGGCAUACUCUGCCCCAGGAUCUGCCCCAGGUGGGCCUGGGUUCCAGAGAAAAGACUAUGUGUGAUGGGACAAUGGAUGGGACAAGGACUAUUUAUGUAACAAUCAAAAACGUUAUUCUACACCUGUUUCUAAUGGUGUGUCUAAGAAAGGGCUUCGUGAAUAAAGGAGACUCCGUGAUGAAGGGAUGUGUUUUAUCAUUGUUUUGUUGGAUUUGUCUAUGUGUGUACAGUAUUUGUCUCUGUAUUAUCUCUUCUGAAAGGAAAGCGUAGAACUUCUGGCUGUGUAAGAAAACAUUUGAGAAGGAUCAUGUACUUUCCAUUUGGGUUUAGUGAGAACAAAGGAAAUUAAGAAUAAGAUCAGUAGUUAUUAAAUGUAUUAAUUAUUAAAACGUUUUAAGUGUUGAAUUAUUGGUGAGCUAUGCAUAUUCAUUGAAACUAUAUCAAGCUCAUUUAAAAACAUUCACAAGCCUCAUAUAAUUAUUUACAUAAUGUUUGUACUUUAAUGAAUAUUCAUCUCUAAGAUGUUAGUCAUUGAGUCCAUUUAUAUAUUAAAUCACUAACACUGAAUUAUUUUCCUAGCUUCAGGCAACUACGCUACAUCAAAUAAUACCUUGUAGAAUAUUCAUUCAUUAUCUUCUCAUUGACAUUUCUCUAUGUUAUUGGCUCAUAUAAAUGAGGCACUGCUUAGGCUUCAGAAACUAAGGAACACUGUAAAAAGACAACAUUUGACUGAUGCUUUCACAAAAGAUUGUUUUUUCUUUUACUACAAGAAUACAGUAGAGUGUACAAAAUCAGUAUGUACACAUCGUUUUUUAAGGAACUAUGUUUCUUUUUAUGUAGGAUUUUUUUUAUGUUGGGAAAUGUUGUACAUUUUUUCCCAAACAAUUUGUGAGAGAGAUGCAUUUGUUUGAUGGUGAUGUUCUAUCAUCAGUGUUAAGGGUGUGAUUGUGUGAUGUACUCAACUGUUUGAGUACAUCAGCAAGAGUAGCGGCUACCUAGGCAGCAGCUAAUUGGGAUCCAAAUAAAAUACUAAAUACUACUAACAUACAGACUACUGUAUCUGUACUGAAUUCUGUCACCUGAACUCCCGACAGAUGACAGAUGUAUUAAACAGAGUGUGGCUAGCAGUGCACAGAGGGAAUGGGGAACAGUUUGGGAGCAGACAAACUGAAGGCCUCAGUGUUUUGGGGCAAUGAGGAGUAAUGGGGGCAUUGUGCACCUGUGUCCAUACAGAACAGUGCUAAUGUGUGUGUUAGUCCUGCAGUGUUAUCUGCACAUCACCUGCUUUUUAAUAAAGGUAGUUGUUGUUUUAUUAAG